GUGAAGUCUCGCGAUAAGAGGCAGUUGCCGUAGCGGAGCCCUCUGGCAGUGUGUGCGAGGAUCCCGUGCUGGAGCUGUGGACGGUUUGUUGAGCCCGUUAGUGCUCCUGCCGAGACUCACGCUGUCGUCAUGUCCCGCUACCUGCGUCCCCCCAACACGUCUCUGUUCGUAAGGAACGUGGCCGACGAUACCCGGUCUGAAGAUUUACGACGCGAAUUUGGUCGUUAUGGUCCUAUAGUUGAUGUGUAUGUUCCACUUGAUUUCUACACUCGCCGUCCAAGAGGAUUUGCUUAUGUUCAAUAUCCUUUCUUCAGAUGGCUGAUUAGUGAGGGGUGUUGGAGUUUGAAAUUCAAGUUUAUCCCCUUAACAUUUAGCACAUUUGAAGAUGUUCGUGAUGCUGAAGAUGCUUUACAUAAUUUGGACCGAAAAUGGAUUUGUGGUCGCCAAAUUGAAAUACAGUUUGCACAGGGAGAUCGGAAGACUCCAAAUCAGAUGAAAGCCAAGGAAGGGAGGAAUGUGUACAGUUCUUCACGUUAUGAUGAUUAUGACAGAUACAGGCGUUCUAGAAGCCGAAGUUAUGAAAGAAGGAGAUCAAGAAGUCGGUCCUUUGAUUACAACUAUAGAAGAUCCUAUAGUCCUAGAAACAGUAGACCGACUGGAAGACCACGGCGUAGCAGAAGCCAUUCCGACAAUGAUAGAUUCAAACACCGAAAUCGAUCUUUUUCAAGAUCUAAAUCCAAUUCAAGAUCACGGUCCAAGUCCCAGCCCAAGAAAGAAAUGAAGGCUAAAUCACGUUCUAGGUCUGCAUCUCACACCAAAACUAGAGGCACCUCUAAAACAGAUUCCAAAACACAUUAUAAGUCUGGCUCAAGAUAUGAAAAGGAACCAAGGAAAAAAGAACCACCUAGAUCCAAAUCUCAGUCAAGAUCACAGUCUAGGUCUAGGUCAAAAUCUAGAUCAAGGUCUUGGACUAGUCCCAAGUCCAGUGGCCACUGAUAGUAUAAACCAUGAUAUUUUUAGGCAUGUAUCAUUCAUUUACUCAUAGUUUGGUUUACUUAAAUUAUCAGGAAUACAAUGUUGCAAUGAUGCUUACAAAACACUUGUCAGUUUUCCCUGUACCAGGCAAUGGUUAUAAUUAAAGUGAUAUGCUGUUGAGAAGCCACUCUUAAGAGUCCAGUUUGUUUAAUGUUAUGGGCAGCUACCAAUUUGUGGUGUCUCUGUAUAUUUUUGUAAAGAUUCUCAUUUUUUAUGCUUGAAGUAUUGGUGAAAAGAUGUUGGUUGACCAUAAUUUGCAACAUUGUCUUAUUAAAAAUAAACUCAUCCAUAUUUGGUAGACCUGUUAACCUAGAAAUAUAGCUUGCUAAUAAGAUAGAAUGAUACAAAAGUGAAGUUGUAGCCACAGUACACUGAGUGAUCAGACACAUUUAGGUUCAGGGUGGACCUUUUUGUCUUGUUAAGAUGUCUAGGCCCGUGAAAAUAGUUAAUUUAUGACACAGUGUGGAAUAGGUCUUUUCUUAACCCCACCAUCUUAGGGAGUGAUGCAACUGGGUUAAGUAGCAUUUCCAGGGAGAUUGAGUUUUUUAUUGAAACAUGGAGCCUUCACUGCUUUUUUUCUGGUUUCUAAGACGAUUUGGAAUAUAUAAACAUCAGAAAAACUCACCUUAAAAUUUGAACAGGUCAAUGAUGACAAAUUUGAGAUGGAAAUGAUGCUCUUAUGUAGUUACUCUAAACUUGAACAUUGUUGACCAUAAUAGCUUAGUUUUUGCUGCUGUUAAAAGCAAGUUAAUUGUUUCACAGUAAGUUUGUGUGUGUGCAUAGUGCAAAAGAACUACAUUUUGAUACUUAUAGCACUUGGUGUAUGUGCAUUUGUAUCAAAAUUUGCCUACCUCUUUAUGAAGGAGGCUUGUUCUUCACACCUGUUUAUUUAAUGUGAGGCAAAUUGAAAGACACUCCCAUUCUAGGUGAUUCUGUGGUGCCAUGAAAAAGAAUUGAUGGAUUAUCAAUGUGUAGUACCUGACUAAAAAUGAGGAAAAAAUUCCCUUUAACCAUUUUAUAAUUUCUAGCAUUUCUCUGAGAGAUCGUUUUAGGGACAAUAAAAGUUACUUGAUGUGUCCAGUCUCAUUUCAGAAUAAAAGCUAGCAUCUUCAAAAUUUUUAGAUUGCUUGCUUGCCAGGUUAUAAGGAAGAAAUAUUGUGGGAAAACGACUCCUUUUAGAGGAUUGCUUUUUUCAAUUUUGCUUUUAGUAAUAUAGGCCUUGCCUGUAAAGAACAAAAGGUGGUUUUUAAAUACUGUUUGUGGAAUGUGUUUAAAGGUUGAUUCUAGGACCUUUGUAUAUUUGAUAGUAUUUCUAACUCUUAUUUCUUUACUGUUUUGCAGUUAAUGUUCAUGUUCUGCUAUGCAAUCAUUUAUAUGCACGUUUCUUUAAUUUUUUAGAUUUUCCUGGAUGUAUAGUUUAAACAACAAAAAAAGUCUAUUUAAAACUGUAGCAGUAGUUUGCAGUUCUAGCAAAGAGGAAAGUUGUGGGGUUAAACUGUAUUUUCUUUCUUAUAGAAGCUUCUAAAAAGGUAUUUUUAUAUGUUCUUUUUAACUAAUAUUGUGUACAACCUUUAAAACAUCAAUGUUUGGAUCAAAAUAAGACCCAGUUUAUUUUCUGCUUGCUGUAAAUGAAGCAAACGUGCUAUAAUAAAAACAAAAUGAAGGAAAUAAUGAUUAACUGGAAUUAUUAUAGUUUUUAAUGAGAUCCUAAAAUAACAAUGGAAGCAAUCUUUUGUAGAUUGAGGAAUAGUUUUAAUCAGUGUUGCAGUAGGCACAACUAACUUUUACUUUGGAAAUGAAUAGAACUUACCAGUAAGGUACAUCUUUUACAUGGUACUUAAAAAUUCCUUAUGUAAUGUCAAAGCCCCUUGGGUUAAGUAACUUAGAGGUUAUUAGUAGUGUUAAGAUAUGCAUUAAAGUGAAAUUUGGUCAGCUAAUUAGAAGUUUAUUGGGUAGACCAAUAAUUCUGCUCUUCCCAGUCCUAAACAAGAUACGUUAUGUCUUGUGUUUAUGGCAUGGUUUAAAAUGCUUUUGCAUUGAAUUUGAUGAGCAAUUAAUAAGUGAUAACUAUUUUGGGGAGCUGGUUUAGGUGUUUGGAUUCCAGCUACUAAAUAAUGGCAAUAAUUAUAGCUGAUAGUUACUGAGUAUUUAUGAUGUGCCAGACACUGUUCUAAAAGUUUUUUAUGUGUUAGCUCCUUGACUCUUCACAAAACCCUAUUAGAUAGAUACUUUUAUUUUCCCCAUAUCACAGAUAAGGAAAUAGAGGCACAAAGAAAGGGCCAGAUUAUUGAGUCCAAACCUGGUCCUCUUGUGGUUUGGUGGUUGUUUUUUUGUUUUGUGUUUUGUUUUUUUAAUGGACUACAAUUUGAGAAAAGUAGAUUGAGGAGAUGAUUCUCAGUCUCUAGAAUUAAAAGACCUUGUAUUUUCAUUUUUUUUACUUGUGUCUUAUUUUUAGACUCGUCUGUGUUAUUUCUGAAAAAAGAUACGUAACAGAGCUUCAAAAGGACUAUAUUAUAGUUGAACCCAUAAUAGUUAGGAUCCUACUGAUACUGAUGAGGAUCCUUACACAGUACUUUAAUUUUGGGUUACAUACUUGAGUUGCACAAUUAUUGAGUACCUACUGUGUGUCUGGCACUAUGCUUAAUAUAUUAAACCAUCAAGACUCAAGUGAGGGAUGACACUUCACCUCUCUUUUUACAUUUUGUUUUAAGCCAAAUAAGCAAGAAGAUAAAUGACAGAUAAUGCCUCAGUGAGAAAGAAAAGGUGUGCUACUUAGUGUAUGAGCUAUUAAGGUAUAACCCUGGGAACUAUUGUACUAUUCUCUUGAAAAUCUGGCCCAGUAAGCUGCUACAUCCAGUUCAACUAACAAAAUCCUGUAUACCACAGAGAAGAAUAAAGAAAACCAAACUGACAAACAUCCUUCUUUUAUUUAAGACCAAACUGCAGCUGGAAUACCCAGUACAGUUCUGCUUACUACACUUCAAGAAAGAUCUGAGAAAAGCGGAAAAAGAACCAAAGAAGGGCAGUUCAAGCGACCAAAGGGUGGGUGGAAGGUGCUGCAGUAUGAAUACUGUGUGAAUAUUUUGACUCUGGUCUGAAAAGAUAAAAGAAUGUUAUUGAAACUACAUGGAAUAAUUGAAGUCCCUUCAAGUUUGGAAGUAAGCAUUUUAGGACAAAUAAAAGGAAAUUCAGCUUUGUACUUGUGGAAACUAAUCCCUAAAUCUGAGUAGGUUUAUAUUGAUUCAUGGAUAACAGGUCCAUAAUAAAUUACUGGAAACUAGGAUGUCUGAAUAUCACAGUAGACAGCCAUAAGUCUCCUACAGUGCUUCUUUUGGUCUGUCUGAAACUGAAUUGGGUGAGAAAAGGCAUGGUCCAAUAUAAACUUUUUCUUGGUUAUCUCUUAAAGUCAGAUACAUUUUUGCUAUUGGCAAAUAUUGCCUUUGUUCCAGUGCCAGUGUUUUACUGUUUAAUGGUUUGCUUUGUUGGCAUCUGAGUUUAUUUACCUGUAUGCCAUGUGCAGUUUACAUCUUCCUUAAACACUAUUCCCAGGUAAAUUCUAAUUAUAAUACUUGACAUCCAGUUAAGAGGUUCCACAUCUCUUCUCACCUCUUUCUUAGCAUAUUCACAAACAUUUACUGAGCCCUUACUAUAAGCAACAAUUGUACUGGAUAAUUGGGAGGAAAAAUAGAUUUAAAAUUCACUUAUUCAAUAAAUGUCUGAGCACAAUCUAGUGAAUAACAUUACAGUAUGGCCUCGUUUUGAGGUGUAUUGUUUGACAAUAUUUUACACCAUAUCCUAAUGUAAUUAUAAAACCCAGUAUACUAUCAAAGAUAAGUAAUUUUUUGGUUACCUGCCAUUAAAAAGUAUCUGGUAUUUCUGUUUGCAUCCCAUUAAUACAAAUAAUGAAAAAAUGUUUUGAUCUGUAAUAAACUGAUUUAUUGUGCAGUGACUGUAAUAUACUAGAAUUAAAUUGUUAACUGCCUCCUCAAACACACAUUAGGAAAUAAUCCCCCCAAAAGUAUUUCAUUUUGCAUUAGAUAUACAGGACACUGGGUGCUAUAAUUAGAUUAUUUUGAGGCAGACAGAGAGCUGUUAUCCCAACUGAUUAAGUAUGUUCUGUAACUGAGAAAAUGUUCGCCAAGUUAUACUUUUUAGUGAUUGACAUGUACAUUUUGUAGGGGACAUGUUCUGUGUAUAGUGAAUAAAUAACUUUUAUAGUAUCACAAAAUGUUUUGGAUUCCUUAGUUCCUUAUUAGGAUAUGAAGGCUAUUUGCCUAUAUGUUGAUUCCAUUGCUCUUAUUUUUGUCAUGUUUCUGCCACAUUUAAACUUAAUGUUAUUCAUCUAAGAAUAUGGAUUUUGUAAAGAUUUCAAAAAUACAGCAGAAUACACAUAACUAAGGGGAGGUAUGAACUGGAGGUUUAUGUAAGUUUUUCAAUCCUGAACUGGAGGUUAUUUUUACUCAUGUUAAAUUUUGAACGUGGCCAAGAUACAUAGAGAAUGGCAGAUUAACUAGAGUCCAUGAUUUUUCAUUUAGUUCAUCUUUGUCACAGUUUUGCACUGCACUUUUUAACAAAUGGGAAGUGUUUUUAUAGCUUAAAAUUAUACGAGAAUCUAAAGGUUCACUGAGAGGGAAGAUUUUUAAGAUAGGUUUAAUUGCAAAAAGUAUUUUGUGACUCUUCUGAAUGGAAGAGGUUAAAUGUAACCCAAGCUCUCACAGCUGUUGUGACACACUUUUUCCAGGCUGGUUUCCUGAAUUUCAAUAUUAUAUUGCAUUUUGAUCAUAUUCCCAUUUACAAAAUCCUGAGAUAUUCUGAAAUAGGGGAGCUGUGACUUGAGACAGCAGAGGGGUAGCUCAGGAAUAAUCUAAUGGCAUUCUGCCAGGAGGUCUAUUAAAGCCUUUAAGAAUCCCUGGAAAUAAACUGCUCUCGUUGAUAAAUGAAGUAAAAGCAACCUAUUUGUCUCCAACUAUUGACUCUAUAAGACAGGACUGGUUGCUAUGGAAAGGUUCUUUCUAGGGUUUUCACCCUCUGCCCCUUCUUCCAACAUUGUUAAUGUUUAGUGCUUUACGUUUAUGUAUUCCUAACCUUUAUUUCAACCUUAUAUUAAAGAUGGGAAUUUUUUUUGUUUGGAAUAAAAGCAAGGCAUGUUAAAUUCAUUUCAUUCAUAAUUGCCAGAGUAGUUUGUUAAGUAAAAGGCCUAUGUGAAGUUUUUUAUGGAUCACCUCUCUUUGAAUACUGGAGAAAUAAACUGGUCUAGG